GCUCCAACUGGCAACCCUUGUAUCAAUUGCCGACUGGGCUCACCGCGGUCCUCGUUGCUCAACGUCACCGCCGUGGUCUCGCAUUCGAUCGACGGACAUCUAUUUAUACAAAUCCAGCCAGGCAAGGCGCACUUAGGGCAACCACAAUCGGCCCGCAACACAAUCAAGAUCGUCCGUUCUGAAUCCCUCGAGGAAAGCGAGUUACAUUCGGCUGAAAUGGUGGCUUCACUGGCGGAAUCGGUGCAGAGCGAAUGUCAGAAUGUCGUGAUACAUGGGUUUUGCGAACUCGAGGGCAAAGGGUGUCCAUUUCAUCAUCCGUCGGUGCCAGUCGCAAUCGCCGAAGAAACAGGAUAACGCUACUUCUUCCACAACACCAGCCAACAAGUCAUCGACGUCCGUUCCAAAGUACUUCCGUCAAUCUCACUCCGACGCGUCUAGAUCUGUUAAUGCGUCAAUGGACCUGCACGAGUCGAGUUCAGAUGAUUUCGAUGACGCAAACGAGUACUUCGAGGCAGCUGACGGUCCGUACUAUGUCCAGGCCCCCAGCUUUGUGCCCCAACCGCUCAGUUACCGCCUCUAUCCAAGCGCCGCCCCUACGGGAUACGCUUCGGCUUCCGUAGACACGCACUCACUGACAACUUCCACCGAGUUGCGUGCAUUACUACAACAACAGAAUGACGACCCUCCCAUGAAUCCUCUUGGCCUCAAUGAGAUGUCAGGCUAUCAUGCUCUUGCACCUCAUCGUAGGAUAUCCAGGAGACACCCCUUUGUUGCAGAUCUUUCUCAAUGUCUGUUUGAUUUCGUCAUCCAAUUGUUACCCACUCAGGAGGAGAUGUCGGUCAAGGAAGAUGUACGGAAGCUGUUGGAGCGCCUUAUUCGCACCAUUCAGCCGGACAGUAGACUGCUCUCGUUCGGGAGCACAGCAAAUGGCUUCAGUCUUCGGAAUUCAGACAUGGACCUGUGCUGUUUGAUUGACACCGACGAGCGCCUUUCAGCGUCAAAUCUGGUCACUAUGCUCAGUGAACUACUGGAACGCGAAACCAAGUUCCACGUCAAACCUCUUCCCCACGCCCGUAUCCCAAUCAUCAAACUCACUCUGGACCCGUCACCAGGACUGCCGCUCGGUAUCGCAUGCGAUAUCGGAUUUGAGAAUCGGCUUGCAUUGGAGAACACUCGCUUACUCAUGUGCUAUGCCAUGAUUGACCCAACCCGCGUUCGCACAUUAGUGCUAUUCCUCAAAGUCUGGAGCAAACGCAGGAAGAUCAAUUCACCUUACAAAGGAACCUUGUCGUCUUACGGAUACGUUCUCCUGGUACUCUACUUCCUCAUUCACGUCAAGAACCCACCGGUCCUGCCAAAUCUGCAGCAGAUGCCGCCUUUACGGCCUAUCUCGAAAGAAGACACCCAUGUCUCAGGAUACAAUACAUGGUUCUUCGAUGAUAUCGAUCUAUUGCGGACAAGAUGGCAUUCGGAGAACACCGAGAGCGUGGCUGAGCUAUUGAUUGAUUUUUUUCGGUACUACGCGAGGGAUUUCACCUACAACACUGGUGUGGCUUCGAUCAGAGCUGGACUCCUUACGAGUCGCUACCACGAUUCACGAGAACGUAAUCGGCUAUGUAUAGAGGAUCCCUUCGAAUCGGAUUUCAACGUCGGCCGGUGCGUCUCGAAGGAUGGCAUCUACACUAUCCGCGGUGAAUUCAUGAGAGCAUCUCGGAUAUUGGCCGGCCGUCCGGAGCGUGCCGUCAUUGCCUUGGCCGACUUGUGCGCAGAACGAGUUGACGAAGACCUCGUUUCCGCUCCACCGUCUUUCAAUGUGCAGAGACCUCCGCCUCAGACCCCGUACUCUGUGGGCAGCAGCAAUGGGCGGGCCAAAGCACUGUCCGGGCCAAUCGUCACCUCCGCCAGCACGACUGCCAGCAACACAACACUUGGCCCCCCGCCCCCUUCCGCACACAUGGCACCGCGGCGAAGCAAAUGGACGAGUCCACCGCCAGCAAAUGCGUCCAAAGAUGCACACGCUCAGUUCGAAUCGAAUCUUGGGCACGGCCUGGAAUUGGCAACGAGCUCGACCGGAGCACGGCAAAUUUCAGAAACCAACAGCGAGAGUGCUUCCGAAGGAACUAGCGAAGUCUUUACAGACAGUGCCAGUGACCCGGGAAGUGAUGUCGUUUCAGUGCGGUCCUUCACCGAGGGCGUUGCGAUCCGUGACGAUGAGGGACCUUCCAUGCGCCGGCCGUCCUGGUAUUCGUCCCAGCAUCUCGAUGUCGAACCUAUACACAUUGUGCCUGGGCGGAAUCGCGGCCGCAAUCACCGUGAACGACCAACAUUGCCACCUCCAGCAUGGAGCAAUAAUCCGGUAGCUUCGCGCCGAUCUUCGUCUGGCCCACCGCGGAUGUCAUUCGAAACACCGCACGCCGUGCUCUACCAGACUUCCCCGCGGCCCAGCCCCCAUUCCAGUCCACAACCGAAUAUAUACCCUUCGCCCCAUGCCCAGUUCCCUACAUUUCUGAUGAACAGCAACAUCAUAGGAAUUGGAGGUCCUCCAGAUGUAUUCCCCACAAACCACCCACCAAUAUCCAGUCGAGAACAUACCCCUGUGCCUGCAGCGGUUCCGUCCGGGCCGAAGCCUCCGUCGCCGACUUGGACACGAGUCGUCUCGCAGCAUUCUCGCUCGUCGUCACUCGUGACCAGCACGCCAACGCCGAAGCCCCAUGCUGACCCUGUAUUCUCCCAGCAGCAACAGCAGCAAACAACCCGUGUAGUACCAUCCAUCCAUCCGCUUCUGUCCUCCGGGUACGAGACGUCGGUGUCGAAUUCCCCAUCACCUGAAUGA